UCUAAUUAUCAGAAAGUCAUACAAGACAGUUGAAGAAAAGCUACAUAAUUUGCUUAGAAUUACAGUGUCCAUGCGCCUUCUUUUCCGUGGAAAGGAAGUGACGUUUACAUUUACGGAAGUUCAUCUUUUCUAAGGACCCAAAGCAUCGUCAGUCAUCCACGAUGACUACAGCUGCAAGGCCGACGUUUGAACCGGCCAGAGGAGGAAGGGGAAAGGGGGAAGGCGAUUUGAGUGCACUGUCCAAACAGUAUUCAAGUCGAGAUCUUCCAGGUCAUACAAAGAUCAAGUACAGGCAGCCUACCCAAGAUGCUCCUGAGGAGGUGCGUGCCCGUGACUUCCGCAGGGAGCUGGAAGAGAGGGAGCGUGUAGCUGUACGAGAGAAGACCAGAGAGAGGGGACCUAGAGAGCACACCACAUCAUCUUCGUCCUCCUCGUCGUCCUCCUCUAAGAGACCUCGACUGGAUCAGAUCCCAGCAGCCAAUCUUGAUGCAGAUGAUCCUCUUACCGAAGAUGACGAGGACGACAACUCUGAUGAAGAUAGCGAUGAUGAUGACACUGCAGCUCUUCUGGCAGAGCUGGAGAAGAUUAAAAAGGAGCGGGCUGAAGAGCAAGAACGCCGCGAGCGGGAGCAAAAGGCUGAGGAGGAGAGGAUCCGCAUGGAGAAUAUAUUGAGUGGUAAUCCAUUGAUUAAUUUAGCAGGGCAGCAGCAACAGCAACAGCAGCAGCAGCAGCAACAACAAUUGGCUCAGACUCCAACUCCAUUCAAAGUCAAAAGGAGGUGGGAUGAUGACGUUGUGUUCAAGAACUGCGCUAAAGGCAUGGACAAAGCAAGGAAGGAGAAACGCUUCAUCAAUGACACCCUUCGCUCAGAGUUCCACAAGAAGUUUAUGGAAAAGUAUGUUAAAUGAAAAACUGUUGUGUAUUCUUUCAAUUUCUUCUUUUCUUUAAAGUUCAGUUUACCCGUCGCCGUCUGUCCCAAUAAAAAUGUGUCAUUAAAAUACAUUCUGUAUUCAAAUACAUCCUUAUUUGUUAACACAAGUUGUACAUAAAUGUGAGAGGCAUUCCUUGAAUAAAACAUAUAAAUACAUA